AUGGCAGCUUCCAUAUCAUCACCCACAUCAACUAGAGGUCGUUUAAGGGGUUUAAGUUAUUUACGAAGUUACACACAAAAUCACUUAUUAUCAAGGGAGAAUCACAAUAAUAACCACAAUUCUUCGUCAAAUAAUCAAAACUCACAGUCUACAAUCUCACGCACUACCUCUCAUCCUUCAUCCCCCACGUCAGCGACUGCAACUUCUAACGCCUCUGCUGCAGCCUCGCCUGCGACUUCUGCAACUCCUGCAACCGAAAGUCAUCCUCGACAAACCUCACCCACUGCACAGAGAUCCACCACGACGGACGAUUUGACAUCGGGAGGAACGAAUAAUCAAGAAAAUCUAGGUUCGACGAGUGGCUGGUUACCGACAGUAGGAGGUCACAGCGGAGUGUCAAGCAUCGCAACUCAACCUCAACCUACUGCGACUGAGUCCUCUUCAGCCGUCUUAUCGGCCAACGAUUCAUCUGCGAUAACCUCGGGUCUUACGGCGUCGAUGGCAAGGACUCGAUCUGCAGGAACCGGAGGAGCAGCAGAUAUGCCUUUACUUAAUGGUCUGGGAGAAAAUGGUCCUGCAUCUGCAGGGGCCACCAUGUCACAUCAACUACCAUCAAUUCGGUUCUCUCCGCAUCAAGAUCCUCGAGCUCAUCGCCCAUCCCUCGUAUUUGGUACCAUGAGUCGAACACUGCCGACCGGGAAAGAAGUCAUAAAAGUAGGUCGAUAUUCUGAACGAGAUAACCAACCUCAUGCUACGAAUGUGCCAUCAUUUGCACCAGUUGGAUUCAAGUCAAAGGUGGUUAGCAGACGUCAUUGUGAAUUUUGGUGUAGCGGAGGCCGCUGGUUUAUCAAGGAUGUGAAAAGUUCAUCAGGCACAUUUCUCAAUCACAUACGAUUGAGUUCCCCUGGGACGGAAUCGAGACCAUAUCCAGUUAAUGAUGGUGACAUAGUUCAGUUGGGAAUAGAUUUCAAAGGUGGCGAGGAAAUGAUAUUCAGUGUUCAGUCUCAUAAGCGUUUACGCGAGCUCAACAACAGCUUGAAGAAACAAGCAGCCGGUGGCUCGAGUAAUUCCUCGCAAGAUUGCUCGAUUUGUCUUGGACCUAUCGCUCCUUGUCAAUCUUUGUUCGUCGCACCAUGUUCUCAUACAUGGCAUUACAAAUGUAUUCGAGUUGUCAUUAAUGGUCCUACUUGGCCUCAUUUUAUAUGUCCAAAUUGCCGUACGGUCGCAGAUCUCGAGGCAGAGCUUGAUGAGCCAGAUGUGGAUUGGGAGGAAUUAGCGGCAUCAGAAGGAGAGCCGGAGGAAACAUCGACACCUGCAGCGGAUACACCAACGCCUCAUGAUACCGAGGCCGUAGCUGAGGAGGCUAUUUCACAAACGAGUGAUCCCACAGCAGCUCCUGCUCUACCAGAACAGGAGACAUUUGAACCUCUGAAUAUGCAUCAGGCCGAUGAUGACCUUGAUAUUAGUGACGAUUCCAGUACAAGUGCUCACGCCCAUGAAACUGGACUCGAAGAUAUGGCAUAUCUCCACGUAAGCGACUCAGCAACAAGUUCAAAUUCAGCAACAUCGACUCCUCAGAUCAACCAUAGCUCUACAGUGUCCCCGGUCGAUAUAAUUGCAAGAAAACCAGUUCCUAAUGCGUUAGCUAGCUCGUCUUCGCGUGUCGAGCACAUCCGUGGCUCGCCAAGUCCUAAUGGGAUGCACCCCGCACUAACAGAUCCUCUUACUGGCGAAGGACCGAUGACACCCAGGAAUGAUGUUGGGCCAUUUAUUUUUGAUGGCGGUGCGGGACGAACAAAUGGCAUUCGGCUAGCAGCCGAAGCGGGGGAGUUGGAUUACAACGAAACUCCAACCACAGCUCAGGCAGCACCACAAUCUGCCCUAUAG